AUGCACAUUCGUCUUGGGGUUAGCUCAUGGGUGGUCCUGUGGGCAAUAUAUACGAUAACCCUCCUGCCCACCACCGAUGCAUUCUCGAAGAGGCCCUUUCCCAGUUCUUCAUCAAUAUCAAAAAACAGCACUACACCUCGCACGUCCUACGCAUUCACCCGUUCGAAAAGCUUGGGAUUGAGCUCUUCUAGCCAGAUCCCCGGUGCUUCAAACCCGACUCCUUCUACUAGCCACACACAUUCGCCUCCAUCUUCACCCAGCUCAACGGUUCCUCAACAAGCAUCCUCGACUGUCAACUUGGGCACCAGCAGCCGUCAUUCUUCAAUAUCAAUUUCUACUCCACAGAAUGCUGCCACCUCACCAGGGAGCACUACUGCACCAAGGAGCACCACCUCAACUGGCCGCCUAUCAUCUCCCACUCCUGGAUCUUCAAUUGCAGCCGCGACCACGUCUCGUGGUGGAAAUGAUUUUGGUCCCUCGAUUUUCACCACCACAGUUGUGACAUCUGGGCCAUCUAGUACACAUACUGAAGUUAUCCCAUUUAUCUCCGGAGGCGAUGUAACAAGUGCAAUCCCCGUGCAGGCAACCACAACCAUUGAUCCUAGUGGUAUAGAAGCGAGCUCUAGUGCCCGCGAAUUGCAGACACAGCUUGCUGCGAUUAUUCCGGUCAUUAAAUCUUUCAUUGAUGAUCCACAGACCCAGAAUGCUGAAAAUGCCAUCACCUCCAUCAAAAAAGUAGAGCCAGAAGCCGAGGAAUUAAUGGCGAAACUUGGAUCGUCGAGCGGAUCGAAGAAGUCAUGUAGUGUGAACACCAACCUCAUUACUGACCUCUUCAACGCUGUCUCCUGUGUCACAGACAAUUUAAAUAAGGCAGUGACAGAAAUUGAGGGCGGCAUCAAUAACGGCUUCAAAAAUGUCAACGACGUUGAGUCAACUUUGACCAAUCUGGAGAAUCUCCAAAAGCCGCUUGACAGCAACCAACAAGAAUCGAAUAAGCCCACCGAGUCAGCUCAAUCAACCGAAUCAAAAACAUCCUCCCAAACAUCUUCCCAAACAUCCUCUUGCACAGCAUCUUCAACGGUCCUGGAUGUCUUCGUGGGAUGCUUUGUUACUGCAGCACCGGGGCGUAGAGGGCAAGGGGCACAGUCUUGCACUACAAGCAAGUCAACGAUCACUGGUUGCGACUUGACCGCCACCACGACAACAACAUUCUCAUCUUGCACAUCGAUGCAAACUGCCAGCGAUUGCCGUGCCAUAUGCCCUUCUGUCACCUCCACUCCAGAAAGAGUUCGAAGUCAAAGCUGCAGCACGACCUGUUACUCGACUUUUACCGGGUGCGAUAUCACAGGAACCACAACAACCACCUAUACGUCCCCAGAUGCAUGUCCCAUGCUCACAUCGGGUGCAGCAACAACGACUAUACAAGGUCCUUUUGUGACUGCCUGGUGGGAUUAUGGCCUCUCAUGUGCAGGAUCCUGCUCAGCAUUCUCUGUACCUUCAGGUUCUGCUUCUGGUUCUCCCUUAGGCACAGCAGUGUCAACACCCUCUUCAACGACAAAAUCCUCGUCAGGAACAAGGUCACAGGCUUCGUCAAGGACCAGGUCGUCUUCUCUGACACCGACCCCAACUAAGACGCCAACUAUCACUACUCCGCCAGCGACUACGCAAGUGACUACACGAGAGACUACAACCACAUCACGGGAAUCUUCGACGACCACACCACGAGCAUCUUCGACGAUCACGCCAGCUCCAAUCUGCUCAGAGGGAAGCAAUGAACUGAUGGGUGUGAAUAAUGAGCCGUCAUCUUGGUGUUUCUGUGGUGGACGUGGGCCAUUCUCAACUAUCCCCGGUGCAACAACGUCGUACUGUAACUUCUCAACCCUGCCAAGUCAAACAAUCACUCUAACUUCCCACUCCACUUCUGUGAACACUGGUUGCGUGGUGACUACGACGACUUAUACUCAAAGCAGUGCAUCCGACCGUGUCACAACCGCCACUCAGUGUCAAUGUGGUGACGUAAUUGCAGCCUUUGAAACUACCACAUCUGGUAAUGCUGUUAUAGCUGGCUGCGCCCUGCCGACAUCAUGGGCAUUAAAGAAGACAAUAUCGACGAUUACUCCCACGCCAACUCUGAAUCCUAAUGCAACUGGAACAAUUCAGUGCUUCCCGACACAUGGCACCAGUGAAGCUGACAAGCUUAUUCAAGUUAGCAACUUUGAUCCGGCCGAGUUUUGCGCCAAGAAUCAAUCAGACUGGUUAUAUGUCGGCAGCUCCGACCCCCUGACCCCGGCUGGUAACAAUUACAUCUUCUCAGGAUAUACCCUGGACGAACAUGCCCCGGCCGAGUGUCACCAUUUGUACACAUCGGGUUCGACAAAACUUGAGCAAGACCUUUGCUACGAGCCGCUUAAGGCAAUCGCUAAGGCGUGCCCAUGGAACGGUGGGCAAGCUCGUAAUUGUGCCAUGACAUCUUUUUCCACCUUGAAGCUCGUAGCUCAUAACUGUAAGGAAUUCCGUCCUAGAGCUCAACUAGGCGUUCGAGAAGGCUACCUAGGUAUACCAAGUCGCUCCCUUGCCAGUGGCCCAUUUUGGUUUCUCCCCUGGAAGAUUCCUGCUCCAAAGAUCUCACCAAGAGUGAUGGGGAUUAUUAGUUGUGCAGCAAGAGCAGGUAUGGGGGAAAUAUCCUAUAAUUACCAAAGAAUACCUCAUGAUGCAGUAAGAUUUCAGCCCCUACAGCAUUGCGAUGAUACACCUCAACAACUCCUUUGA